CCUUCUGCGGCUCCAACUCUCCCUCCUUUCACCAUGGGCUGGCUACCUUCUAUCUUUGGCGGCGAUGCUCCUAAUCCGCUCGGCAAGCUCGAUCCCAAGCUCCGCGAGUUUCUCGAAAAAGAGUCGCCGGUGAAAUAUAUCCCCAACCAGCCGACAACGCCAACGCGGCGCCAGGAUGCACCAGCGGCGGUAGAGUCAAGGGCAGAGCCGGCGGCAGUCCCGUCUGCAAGCCUGUACCAAGACGGACGAUAUGCGCAUCUAUGGAAGAACUACAGGCCGCUGGCAGAGGUCGAGGAAGAGACGUCGACCGAUCACGAUAAGCUGAUGGCCGUGUUGGAGGGGUACAAGGAGCGCAAGGCCGCAAUCGCCAGGGCGGGCCUCGAGAACUGUGCGCCGCAACAGGAGGAAUGGAUCAACUGCAUGAAGAACGGCAGCUGGGAGGAUCAGUUACAAAUGUGCCGGCAUCAAGUGCGGCGCUUUGAGAGAUGCUACACUAUGCAAUCUAGAUUUCUAAGAGCGCUCGGUUACGGCUCAGUAGCAGGGCGACCGGCCGAAGUGGACGAAGACAUCCAGCUCCAUGCCGAUGCGCUGUUCCAGCGAAUGCUGCAGCACGAAGCCGAGGUCGAAAAGGCCAAAGAAGCCGGCACCCUCAUCCCAUCCUUCGACCCCUCCAUCUCCAAACCAACCGCCACUCCCGCAACCGCCGUCAAGCCGUCUGAAGAGCUCCAGAAGCAGUGGAAAGAGAAGCUGGACCAGCUACCGGAAGACGAGAGAGCAGCAGAAGAGGCCGCUCUCAGGGCCGACUUGCAAGCCAAGGCCGACGUUGCGCGAAACGUCAAGAAGAUCUGGGACGCCAAGAGAGAGGAGAGAGACGUGCGACGAGCGGAAGGCCAGGCGACGUUUUCUGAUACGAUUGCUGCGCUCUUCAGCAGGGGUAAAUGAGAAUAGACAGGAUGCUAUAACGGACGGCUACUCAUGAAGGCUUUUUAUAAGGUGUUUUCAUUUUUUUUUUUUCUGGCUUCAUUUUUUUUUUUUUUCAUGUAUGUACUUUAUAUCAACCAUGGCUGCAUAGGCAUUGUGUGUUUGGCUCUUUUAAUGGGAAGACUGUAAACUACAGCAUCUGAGCGAGGGUGGGAUUAUGUGUAUCUAUUCAUCAUAGAUUAUAAGGGUUUGAGGAUAGGACAGCAUAACUGAGGAUUAAACAAUGAAAUCUCUUGAGAUAUAGUAUUGUCUCUUACGUGCCUGUAUAAACGAAUCCUAUCUAGUUCACUCAUCUGACAUGAGGGCAUUGAUAUUAGGCUAUCGCGCCAGUCGAAAAGAAGGACUACAAUUUAUUUUUCUCUUUUAGAUAUAUUUAACCCUGUUUUUGUCCGUUUGACAUUUACUUAUUUUUUUCUUUCUACAACUAAAUCUCCAACAGAGACAUAUUCUUCUAGGGUGGGCUGUUCAUCACCACAUCAUUCAUUCCACUUUCUCUUCACUAAGCAUCUUCAACGCACAACGCAAUAGCUUAAUCUUAUAGCAAAGUCUUUCUACAACAAGGUUCAUGAUAAAACUUGUAAAUGUUUACCUAGUCAGCUCUCAAAAGAAGGAUUCAAGAAUUUCUUCCCUUGAUAGAGCUUGAAGACACCGCUGCUCAUAACAACAAAUCUUACGGUUCCGUGGUCUAGUUGGUUAUGACAUUUCGUUAACAGUUAGUUGACACCACCGAAAAGGUCCCCGGUUCGAGCCCGGGCGGAAUCACAUAUUUUUUGCUUUUUGGACUACUGAUUGAACUAAAUGUUUAUUUUUGACUCUUGUUGAGCCAGUCAUGUAAAGAAAGAUUUGAGGUUUGCCAAGUUGCAUUUCAUUUUGCCUCUGUCUUUCCUCAUUCUUGACCAACGAUGGAAUAAGCAUAAUAGCAACAUUUUACUCUAUAAAAGAUGCAUCAGAUCUUGCAAGAUGAAGUAACAGAAAUAUCCCACGAUAUAAUAAUAAUAUAGAGACAAUGUAAAGGGCCUAACGAAUCACCAAAACUAUAGAGACUGCCAAGUCGAGUAACGGUGUCAGAGAACCCUUCAACUAGUCAUUCUUGGAAUCGCAUCGGAAUGGAGAGCAGAUUGAAAGCUGCAAACCACAGAUUAUCUGGAAAAAAAGACAAACAAAGCGUUCCGAUCAAUAGGUCAAGGUUACGGGUAGAUCGAUUUUACGGGCUAGGUCAGUAAAUACGGCGGUACUUUGUAAAUAUUUCCAGGCGUCACGUAUCCAAGGCAUGAAGCGUUGCUCAAUAAUAUGGUGAGAUUUAUCGAUUAUAUGUCGACUAUGCUCUCCAUACUACUGGCGGGAAAGCCGAGCCGCUUUGAACCGGCUUAUGGGUUCCUCAUUUUCCUCGUCGUAUAUGGGUUUGAUGGGAGACUCAUCCGGUUUGAGAAACCCACCGUCUCGCUGGAUAAACUUUCUGCGUAUGCGUUGAUACUCGUCAGCAACCUCUUGGUGGGCCAUUGCAUCGUUGACCUCAUCCGGAGGGAUCGCAGCGACUGCAGGCUCUCGCUCGACUAGAGUAUCGGCGAUGGUGGUGCCUUCUGGACCGGUUGGCACUUGCUGUCGCUCCUCUUCCAUAAACUUUGGCCGAAUAUCCAAGGGCCCCUUGGGAACAGCACUUGCUGGAUCUGUAUUAUCCCUGGCCUUCUUGAACCGUGACGCUCUUUUAGCUGGCUGAGCUGGAGGUUGGACUGGUUUUGAAGAACUAGAUCGUUCAACAAUAUCGCUUAGAGGAUCUACGACAUCCUUCUUUGUGUCGCUGACCGUAGGGGCAGAAGGCUCGCUUUCAGGAGCUAUAUCAAGACUGGGCGCAAACCGCACGCCCUUCUUUGACUCGGAAUCCCCGAUUUGCUUCUCCUUGAGAUUUGACUUUACUGGAACUGCUGCUUUCGAGGCGGUAGAUGGUGAGGAUGCAUCAGCUUCUUGCUUUACCAGAAUGCGGCCAAUGCCUUCGUCAUAAUCAUUGUCGCUUGACUCCGCCUCGUCGGCUUUAGGCUGAGACA